CAUUUCUAUUACGCAACUCCUUUCCCCAGCUUGGCCAGCGAUGUGGGAACAAGCUGUCCACUCCCCUCAAGCCCACUCCCUCAACCCACAUUUCCGGGAACAGUCUAGAAAUCCUGUCAUGCCCCAAUCUCCACAUGCUGUUUGAUAAGAGGAGGGGCCUGUGCAGGCCCCGCCUACUAAUGCAACCAUGCCUAUCCACCACUGAGGCUGAUCAACAGCUUGAGGAGAUCAAAACAGCUUCUCUUAAAAAGCCUCAAUGCUGCAGAGAUGGUUGUUUGGGCUAGAAGCUGUGCUGUUCUCAAUUAGUGCUCGGUGUGGCUGUGGAAAACUGGCCCCGACUUGGAAUAAUAAGCGGAUAACACCAGCCCUAAAGCUGUAUUGCUCAGAAACUCAGAAGAUUUGAGGGCUGGAAGGUGCUUUGAGGGUGUGUUCCGGACAGGAAGGAGCACGGUGACGGGAGCAGGUACAUAUAUAUACAUAUAUUUAAAGUUAUUGCUUUGAUAUUUGCUUGCCUAGCUCCACAGCAACUUCCCAGGGGAUUUGUGAAAUCUCUGGACUGGAACUAUUGCAAAGGCUAACAAGGUAAGUGCCUCAUUGGAAGCUGAGUCAUUAAAAGAAAAAAAAGGAAAACCUCAUAUAGGAAGCAGACUACUCUUCAGUGAGUGUCUCUCCAGAUUUCUGCACAAGUCUUUCCCUGGCACCGUUCCUUUUGCCUGUACAGCAUGUGCUCUGCAAAUGACUUAAGCUGCUCUACAUAAGUAGGAAGUUUCCGGUUAAAACCUUGUCUCUCUGCCACGAACUUUUCAUUGGUAGCCUAAAGCAGCUUCCUGCCUCUCAGCCUCUAAUCCGCUAUGUUGGUGGUGUCAAGGAAUGCUGUGAGGAUUACUGAGGUACUAUAUAUGAUGUGGUGACUGGAAACUCGAAAGGCAAUGUAACAUGUUCUCAUUCUCCUAUGUUUCCUGCUAACUCCCCACUUUAACAGCUUGCCUGUGUGACUGGUUUCAAUCCGGUUUCAAGCACCUUGUGCACAGAGAUUUAGUAAGCCCCUACCUGCUCCUUGGCUCUCGUUCGAAAAAUGGAAAUAACAGCAGCUUUCCCAGUUGCAAUGGGAGUAAAGGAUCUAAGAAAGAUGGAGAAAGCGAUCCGGUUAAAAGUGACAGAAAAUUUUCCUGUUGAGAGGGCUGAUGAGCCAUUGCAUUCAAAACAAUAUCAGUACAAUGGAAUACUGGAUAAAAGUGGAACUUUUAAGUUUUUAAUGUCAUCCAAAAUUUCAGAAUUCGAUGGCAAAAUUUGACGGUUUUGCUUUUACAGUGGUACCUCGGGUUAUAUACGCUUCAAGUUACAGACUCCGCUAACCCAGAAAUAUUACCUCGGGUUAAGAACUUUGCUUCAGGAUGAGAACAGAAAUCGUGUUCUGGCGGCGCGGCAGCAGCAGGAGGCUCCAUUAGCUAAAGUGGUGCUUCAGGUUGAGAACAGUUUCAGGUUAAGAAUGGACCUCCGGAACAAAUUAAGUACAUAACCAGAGGUACCACUGUAUUUGUAAAAGCUUUUCACCUAUUCGAGGGAUACAUUUGCUAAAUGAUUAAAGGAAUUAAUGACUUAAUACAUCUACUUAAUGGUGUUGUGGACCUUUUGGCAUUCUGCAAAUACUGGCCAAGACCUUGUGUUAGACACUCAUAUGUCACUGACUGCUACUGCAGCAAAGGGGAUGUGGGUGGCACUGUGGUCUGAGCCUCUUGGGCUUGCCGAUCAGAAGGUCAGUGGUUCAAAUCCCCGCGACGGAGUGAGCUCCCGUUGCUCUGUUCCAGCUCCUGCCAACCUAGCAGUUCAAAAGCAUGCCAGUGCAAGUAGAUAAAUAGGUACCACUGCAGCGGGAAGGUAAACAGCAUUUCCAUGCGCUCUGGUUUCUGUCACGAUGUCCCAUUGUGGCAGACGCGGUUUAGUCAUGCUGGCCACAUGACCUGGAAAGCUGUCUGUGGACAAAUACCAGCUCCCUCAGCCUGAAUAGCAAGCUGCACCCCAUAGUCUCCUAUGACUGGACUUAACCAUCCAGAGGUCCUUUACCUUUUUUUUACUGCAGUGAAACCUCUGGAAAUCAAAUGGCGAUACUGACUGUCAAAUAUUUACACACCCAGAGAAUAUUUGUUAUCAGAAUUCGCAGGAGAGAAUUUUGCCAAGUUAAUCUAUUUUUGGCUCUAGCGUACACAUACCCCAGUGAGCAUCACAACAGAUUGUUAUGGGAAGAGUGAUGAUUGACCUCACAGCUUGAGAGGAGGCAGAUAAAACUCCUACCUCCUUCAGGCACAGUUAGGACACACAGAGACACAAAGUCAAGUUUCGGGGAAGCUCCCUGCUUUUAACAGCCUUGUGCAUCUCUUAAGUGCUUCUCAUUGUAAGGAAGGAAGAUGUUUGGAUAUGGUCAACCUGCCCCCUACCAGAACAAUCCUGGUAUUUAAUAAAUAAAAAUAAUUGUCCGUUCAUGAUGGUUUGUGCUCGUAAUGGUAUUGCGGCCGUUAGAUGCCAUGCCACCCUGCCACCCGUUCUGUUUGUUUCCGCAAAAGUUUCGGGGUGGGCAUUCUGCUUUGUCUCAGAUUGGCACCUGUCCUUUAGCUCACUGCAGAAAUCGAGUUCCUCCUCUGGUAAGUACUGAAUCUCAGCAUGUGCGGGAAACCAUCAGAAGAAAGACUCUCCACCUAAGAACAGCUGGAUAAAAGUUCUAAUGAGGCUUAAUUUUAAAAAUUAACACAAGAAUUGGGGCUGAGGUAUAUAACAGCAUGGAAACACAGGAUUCCAGCAGCUAGGAACUGCUUUCAUUCUCUAGUUACAGAUGGAACAGUCUUGUGGGUAUUUGCUAAUCGACGCAGCAAGCCUUUACAGACCCCACAGGAACAAACUAGGGCUGACAAUUGAAGAAAAACCCUAGUGGUUGUUUUCAGACAUUGCAUCCUGGAACAUUCCCACAGGGACAAAACUGAAUAGAGUCAUACCUCAUGUUACGCUUGCUUCAGGUUGCGCUUCUUCAGGUUGCAUCCUGCGGCGACCCAGAAGUACCAGAAAGGGUUACUUCCAGGUUUCACCGCUCACACAUGCACAGACGUGCAAAAUGACAUCACGCGCAUGCGCAGAAGCAGCAAAACGCGACCCGCGUGUGCACAGAUGCGCAGACGCGGGUUGCAUUCUUUUCAGGUUGCGAACAGGCUUCCAGAACGGAUCCCGUUCGCAACCAGAGGUACCACUGUAUUAUAAGAGGGAUUCAGUGUUGUGCUAGCAGGUACUGUAUAGGCAACCUCUGGCCUAUUAUUAUGGAAUAGGAUGUCCUUAUUUUCAUUAGAGAAAUGUUGGAGGGUAUGGAACAAUUUGCCUUAGCAUAGGCAUAGGCAACCUCCGGCCCUCCAGAUGUUUGGGACUACAAUUCCCAUCAUCCCUGACCAUUGGUCCUGUUAUCUAGGGAUGAUGGGAGUUGUAGUCCCAUCAUGGUCCAUACCUUUACUAUAUCCUUCUGCAAAUCUGGGACUGUCCCUGGGAAAUAACGACACUUGGAGAGGGUCUGGGCCUGCACCUCUUCGGUGACAAGAGGCCUGGCUGUCUCUCUCAGAACCGCAGCAACGUGAGGGAAUGUCUCCCUCGUGCUCCCUGGCUCAGCACAGUGUCUGUUGCAUUGCAGCUCCCUGUUGAUGGACCAGAGAACCCCGAGCCUCCGUCUGGCCAGAGCAUGGGUGGUCGUGCUCUGCCUGCAGGGCAUCUGUAGCUUGGUGCUGGCCGAUCCUCCUGACUUGCUGUUGGAUGGAGCUGCGUGGGCCCUGCCUGAAGAUGCCACCCAAGAGCAGGGCUACUACCUGCAGCAGCUCUUUGGGCAGUAUGGCGAGAAUGGCACCUUGUCCUUCGAAGGCCUCACUCGCCUGCUGCUGAGCCUGGGGCUCGGAAAAGUGCAGGUGGUGGAGAUUGAACAUGAGGAGCUAGGCCAUGGCCAUGUGUCCCACCUGGACAUUCUGGAAGUCCAAGACAACAAGCACUUGCAUUCGCACUCGGCGCUGGAGCACCUCGGCAAGACCCAAGCAGAAAGCGCCAUCCCCACCAGGUAAUCUGCUUUGACCUUGGUUAUGUACUGAAGUUCUCACCCUGGGCCAGCCAGGGGAUACUGUAGAUAGUUCAGGUCCACAUAUGCAAAUAAGGGAUCAAAAGGGACGUUCAGUGAUUGGAUAGUUACAGAAAGUUGUUACAGUUACGUUGUACUGGAGCUCUAUAAAAGCAGGCUGGCUGAACCCUUCAGUUCAGUUCUGUUCUGGCCUGUGAAUAAACAAGAGCUGUUUGGAGAAUCGCUGUGUCGUCUGGUAUGUUCACCUACAACUUAACAACCUUGGAAAUAUUUUCUUUGGCUUUCUGGCGGGGAACCUGCGUUCCUCCUGAGGUCACUAGACUAGGACUCCCAAGCACCACAGGUUCCCCACGCCCACCUUGCGGAAAAGCUUAUUUCUUAAUUACUGAGCAUAGCACUCUCUGUUAAGUACAGUUGCCCGGCAAAAGUCAGUGGUUACGUGCUUCCUUCGCAACUGCAGAGGAGAUUCAAGGUAAGAUCUUUAUGGGCAGUAAACAUCUUGCAAUACUUGUCUUGCUUAUCUCAUUUGCUUGCAACAAAGCUAAAAUCUUGCCAGAAGAUCUGAUCCCGUUGUUUUUCACUUGGCAACGGCAGCGUGCGUGCUGUUCAGACAGAUUUCACAGGCUUGUUUUGCCAGGAUGCUGUGAUCUUGCUGGCUGGCUUAGCUAUUGCAAAAUAUUAAUUCAGCUCAAUUGGCCAUGCUUAAUGAAAUCUCAAAAUAUUUUAGCGUUGUCGGUAAAAAUAGUCAGAAUUGCCCAUUAAAUCUGAAGGAGGUAGAUAAUGUUCAAAAGAGGAAAGGUGGUAGAGAUUAGACUUUAAAAUUGGUUGUUAACAAGGCAUCCUUCCUAAAUUGCAGCACUUUGAAGUCAGUGGAAUUUCGUUGGUCUAAUUGAAUCACAGUUGUAACCUAAAGCAUAAAUGUUAUUCUUCUCUGAUGAUGAUUUUUGCAUUUUCUGCAGGUCUGGAAUCCCUCAGUUGGGCCCUGCUACCCAAACACCUGUUCAUCCUGCACUCCGUGAUGUCAGACCUGUCACCAAGCCUACCUUCUGGCAAACCCCAGAGCAGCCUGGGGGCGCCAAAGAAGACCUUUCCAAACCUUCCCAGGGCCACUCUGGCCUAAAUCUUCUAGAGAGAGUUAUUGCUUUGGAUCACUCUGUCUACAAUCACCUGCAUGAAGAUGUAAGUGUGAGGUGACCCGGUGUUUCAUUGCCCAGAAUUCCCUUACUGCAGGGAGCACACUGGAUAUACAGUGGUACCUUGGGUUACAAACACCUCAGGUUACAAACACUUCGGGUUACAGACUCCGCUAACCUGGAAGUAGUACCUCGGGUUAAGAACUUUACCUCAGGGUAAGAAUGGAAAUUGCGCACUGGUUGCAGCAGGAGGCCCCAUUAGCUAAAGUGGUGCCUCAGGUUAAGAACGGUUUUGGGUUAAGAACGGACCUCUGGUGUUAAGUUGUGGGUGAACAUAUCAGACGACACAGCGAUUCUUCAAACAGCUCUUGUUUAUUCACAGGCCAGGACAGAACUGAACUGAAGGGUUCAGUCAGCCUGCUUAUAUAGAGCUCUAGUACAAUGUAACUGUAACAAUUUUCUAAAACUAUCCAAUCACUGAACGUCACUUUCGAUCCCUUAUUUGCAUAACUAUCUACAGUAUCCCCCUGCUGGCCCAGGGUGAGAACUUCAGUACAUAACAUCCGGAACGAAUUAAGUUCGUAACCAGAGGUACCACUAUAUUGGAGGACAGGAAGAGGAGUGGUUGAUUUCUGUGCCAAUAAGGAGGUGCCCAGAAACCCUGCCCUCUUUAAUCCUAAAGUUGUAGGAAAUAGUUGUGGCCUGUGGUCCUGAACGACUUCACAAAAUAGCUCCAUUACUAUUAACUCUCAUCCCUAAGUUUAGUGGAAGGUGGGGAGAGGACUAGUUCAUUGACAGCAUUCUGGCUUUCUUGUACAGUGGUACCUCGGGUUAAGGAGGUUGGUUCUUAACCUGAAACUGUUCUUAACCUGAAGCACCACUUUAGCUAAUGGGGCCUCCCGCUGCCGCCGUGCCGCCAGAGCACGAUUUCUGUUCUCAUCCUGAAGCAAAGUUCUUAACCUGAAGCACUAUUUCUAGGUUAGCGGAGUCUGUAACCUGAAGUGUAUGUAACCUGAAGCGUAUGUAACCCGAGGUACCACUGUAUACUGUAUACCCAGCUCAGGUUCAAACCAGCCUCCUUCAGCCUUGUCUUGAUGGCAGUAGAUAUGAGUAACACGGUGGGAAAAGCAUCUGCUGAAGCAAUCACGUGACCAUGCAGUCAUCUUGGGCAUUUUGUUUAUUCGUUUUCCUUAAGCUGCUUAUAUCCCACCCUUAAUCCAGAGAUCCCAGGGCAGGUAACGACAUGCCAUAAUGUUCUGCGGAACAGAGUGUAAAACAAUGCAUAAAACCGUGUUUGUUCUCAGGUGAGCAAAUUCACUCCAGGACCAAACACUUUGGACAAGGAGUCAUGUUUUAAGCUGGUGUCUAAAAGACCCUCAGGUAGCACCCUGUCCCACCCGAGGGACAAUGAGGAACAAAGGCCAUAGCUGUCAACCGUCCCUUAUUUGGCUGGAAAGUCCCUUAUCCCAGCACUGUGUCCCACUGCUGUCCCUUAUUAAUGAUGUCCCUUAAAUUUCCCAGGUUUUAAAGGAAGCAGCUCCUCUCCCUCCCUCCCUGCCAGCCAGGGAGGAGGGAGGCUCCAACUGUGUGGCUUGGCUGUGUUGCUCACCCAAUAAGGAGUCUAAGAAUGACUGGGGGGUGGAGCUUGCAUGCCUUGUGCCGAUCAAAUUGGCCGCGUUGCCUGGGGACUUGCCUUUGCUCAGCGCUUCCCAGCAGAGAGGUGACGGUGGUUUCCCUUGCUGCAUCCCCUUUGCCGGGUUGCUGCGCUGUGGGAACCACCACUUGAGGCUUCGUUUGGCUGCUGGCUGGGCUUUCUGCCUUUGGCCUGGAGGGGCUCAGAAGUUGAACAUACCUGUGCUUGGAAAAUCCCUUAUUUUGACUGCUGAUCCCUUAUUUUCGAGGCUGCCGGUCCCUUAUUUUCAAAUCUGUAAGUUGACAGCUAUGAACAAAGGCAGAAUCUUUGGUGACUUGUGGCAACGGUUUGAUUGCAACAAGCAAGAUGGAUAGCACCAAGGGGGAAAGUGUGGGUUUGGUAUAAAUCAGCAGCAAGGAUGGCAGAAGGGAGAGAUUAAACGUGAACCUAGAUCUGUACUAGGCCAUUAUUCCCCUCACACAUAGCACAUUUCCUGGAAGCAGUUGUAGAAAUAAUUAUAUAUUUGUAAUUAUAAAUGUCUGAAUGUGAUACCGUACCUCUGCGUUUUUAGGCAUGUUGUGCGAUACAGGUGAGUAUUUGUUCUUGUUUUGCAUUUUUAACCCAGAUCUCCUAGAGAACAAUGGGUCUUGCUGUUGUCUAUUGCCCUCUUCCCCCAAUUCUUCAUGCUGUCACUUUUCAACUCAUUCCUCUUCCAAAACUGGUGACAUCCCCACCUCAGCCGAGAUUUCUGAGUUCCGCUUGAUCUAGUGCUGCAAAUGAAAACUUUAAUCAAAUUAAUGACUGAGAACCAUGCUGGCAGUCAAUUAAACGUUGGUUGGGGGUCCAGUACUCCUGUCCCAUACAAUUAAUCAUUCUUGCAAUAAAGUCGUUUUUCUUCUUCUUUGUCUUCAGUGUCUCAACGUAUCACAGCUGCUAGUCAAUUUUGGGCUAAACUCUGUCUCCAAGAUCACGCCAGAGCAGUUCACACUGCUGUGUCCUGCUUUGCUCUACCAGAUUGACAGCCGCGUUUGCAUCCAGCACUACGAUGAGGUAGCUUUCGGCAUGGCAGGAAGUUCUCUCUGGAGUGGUAAGGAACACAAGCUGUCUUCCUCGUACCCUGACCCAGGAGGGGCCUUGACUCCCAGCUCCAGCCUUACCCUUCUGCAUCAGCCCCAGUACUGGUUUUGCGCUCUUAAUUUUCAUUCAUUAUUCCCCUGCUGACUACAGUCCUUCGACCCUCACCCCUACCUGCCCUUCAGUUACCACCUCCCAUUUUGUCUCCCAUUGUCAUUGGCUUUCCAAGGAGUUCUCGGUUUGCAAACCCACAUCUUGGGUGCUCAUCUCGCUUUAUUGGCCGAGGGAGCCUGCGUACAGCUUCCGGGUCAUGUGGCCAGCAUGACUAAGCCGCUUCUGGCGAACCAGAGCAGCGCAUGGAAACGCUGUUUACCUUCUCACCGGAGCGGUACCUAUUUAUCCACUUGCACUUUGACGUGCUUUCGAACUGCUAGGUUGGCAGGAGCAGGGACCGAGCAAUGGGAGCUCACCCCAUCGCGGGGAUUUGAACUGCUGACCUUCUGAUCGGCAAGUCCUAGGCUCUGUGGUUUAACCCACAGCACCACCUUUGGAAUAUAUAUAUAUUCCAAAAUACCCCUCCCCACAAAAUGUAUGUACUAUGCUGUCCUCUCAAGAACAGCUCAGAAUCUUCAUCAAGGGCCCUUCGGGAUGACCUGUUACUGAGCGUUCAUCCCGAUAGGUUUGCAAAGAUGACGUGUCAAAGCAAGUGCGAUCCUGCACUUCCCAGUUGAUUUCCCCAUUACUAUUGUUAUUGUAAAACAACAACAACUCUGACCUUCUGAGGAAGCAGGUUUCAUGUGCAAGACCUUCCAAUCCACUGUCAUUGUGUGACCUCAAUUUGGCAGUCUGUGAUUGAAUCCUACCUGAUAAUAGCAAGAAUCUGGAAGCGACGUCAGACUAACUGGGUACACAGUGGAUACUGAGUACAAUUUCAAGUGUAUUGGCUCUCAGGAUGCUUCAAGUUAAUGUUUGAGCUCCAGUUUGGGGGAGCCUCUUAUUCAGUGUUUUUUAAACAUUAGGCCUUCAAAGUAACUAGAUUUACUGCGUUUCCUAUCCCCCACGCCCAUUCCUGCAACUUGGAAGUAAUCACCAUGGCACCAAGAUGUUUUUGGACUAUCAGUCAUCCCUGAAUAUUGGUCAUGCUGGCUGGGGGCUGAUGGGAGCUCUUGUCCAUCAACAUCUUAAAGAUGGCUACCCUUCUAUAUACCGAAUUUCUAGGCUCCUGACAUUGCCAAUAGUGUUCAGAGAACUGGGGCCCUUAAUUGUUUUAGGCGGCAGAUAAUUAGUUGUCAGGUUCCAGGAGAAGUGGCAUGAAAGUCCUUUGGAACAUGUGGAGAGGUGGGGCAAAUGAGGACAUGACUUCGGCCCCCACUGUAUGAUCCAGCAGGUUGUUGGUUUUAGUUCUCUUGUUCCUAGUCCAAUCUUGCUCAUCCUCUUUGUUCUCCACAGGUCUGGGCUGGGGAUGUUUGGCUAUCACCCUGACUAGCUUGCCAUCUGCCCUGGCCAUAGUUCUCGUUCCUCUCUUCAACCGCAAGCUCUUCCAUUUCCUUCUCGCUUUCCUGGUGGCCUUGGCUGUGGGGACGUUGUGCGGGGACGCACUGCUGCAUCUCUGGCCGCACGUAUGUACCAACAGUUAUGUAUUCAGUGGUCUGUGUUUGCCUGAGCUUGAGUCUGGAUUAAGGAUUCUGAGCUCCUGUGUUCUGAUUUGAUACAUGAUGUCCAAUCACAGAAUAUUUCAGGAUUUGGGCCACUGCCAUUGGCCCUUGAACUCUGUGUCGUGAUUCGCAGCUUGGAAGUUUAGACAGCCAAUCAUGUUGCGAGUGGGAGUGGCCCAGGCUUUCAGAAAUGUAUAUAAGCAGUUGCUUUGCCCAUUUCCUGGUUAUGUAGUUCAAUAAAGGUUCUUGCUGUUAUCACUGUGUCUUACCUUGUGGGAACCUGUGUACACUUCACCAACCCUCUCCCCCAAAUCUUUGUGGUAUGAUUUCUCUUUGGGGUCUCCUGUGGAGGAAGACGAGGUGGGAGAGAUGUACCCCAACCUUCUCCAUAUCAUGAUGAAACCUGGGGUGCUCGGACAAUGCCAAAGGGGAGCAUCUUGAGUUUCUGUUUCCCAAUGCCAGUGAACUUACACCUGGAAACCAAUAUCCGCACUGUGGAAGGACAUGUGGAUCCAGAAUUGGCCUCCACAGUCACUUUCGGACUGGAAGACAAUCUUACUCGGCUAUGAGUGAUUGCCAAAGAAGUAGUCUGUCAUUCCCUUACACGAAUACGCUGCCAGUUUAGUCAAAGCAUCCCAAUACAACUGUCAUGCCCUGUAAUAUUGCUCGGGCAUCUGGGAGGCCACCGUGAGAACAGGAUGCUGGAUUAGAUGGGCCUUUGGUUUGAUCCAGCAAGGCUCUUCUUGCCUUCUUAUUUCCAGCACUCCCUUGUUCUUCAUCUCAUGCAUUUCCCUGUCAGCCCAAACCCAGGAGACGAGGACAAAUUGAAUGUCUGCAAACCGAAUUUGUCAGUGGUUGGAGGGAGUGGUCCUUUCUCGGAAGGCCUUGAGGGUUUUCAUACAUUGCCUUUCAAACACUCUUGCACCAUUUAUGUGAGCAUAUGGCCACUCUUACCAUAAAAGAGAGGGAUUUGUCAAGGCAGCUGAGAGCCCUUCUGACCAGGGUAGGUUUUUUUAUAGUUGCUUUUAAGGUGCAGCUGAAGUAAGAACUGCUUUAGGCCCGAUGAGCAGAGCAAAAGAAUACCUUCUAACCUUUCUUAAUGAUUUAUGCACAGCGGAGAAUCCAAUUUUUCCAGUGGGAAAGAAAUACACUUUGUGGUCUGUAGAGUGUGAUUGCUUAUCUAGCUAAUAUGAAUCAGGGAUGGGCAGUCUUUAUGGUUCCGAGGGUGGGUCACACUCACAUGCACCCUCCUCCAUCUCUUACAGAAAGAGAGACACCACACAGAACAGAAAUCCCAUCACCCGUCCCAUCUGUUUGGCAACUAGAAGAGCUCAGGAGCUUUGCAAACAGAAGCUGCUUUUCUGAGAUGUAAAGAGGUUGUCCCUGUGAACAAAUAAUAUGGUUGCUAUUCUAGCCACACAGCCUAGCUAAUUCUCUUAGACCUUGAACAGGUUCUUAUACUGAGUUGUGAACUCCACACAUUGGAGCAGGCCGUUAGCCCUGAUCCCUCUGAACAGUGUGUGCUGUUGCACUCAGGUCCUGAUCCAUAGGCAUCUGGUUGGCAUCUGGUAGAGAGAGAAGGAUGCUACACAAGGCAAAUCUUUGAUGUGAUUCGCUGGAUCUCUUAACCUUUUCUUUUAAAAAAUAAUAAUAAUCGUAUUUUUCCGUGUCUAAGACAAUGUUCUUUGCUUAAAACUUUUAGUCCCAAAGUGGGGGGACAUCUCCCACAAAAAGCUUGACAACUUUUGGUGAUCCGAUCUCCCUACAAAAAUAUCAACACGCUUUGUUUUGAGGGGCAGAGACCAAAGGGGAAGCUCAGUUGGUCUGUCGCUUGCCUGCCUGCUCUCUCACUUGCUUGGGGCGGUCUGGAAAGAGGAGCUGAGGUGAGGAGCGCACUGCCCAUGGACAACGCGGGCCCCCACCUCAAAGCACAGCAGCAGGAGAUAACACGAUGAUUCUGGUUUGUUUCCAGGACGAUGGAAUCUGCCUCUUCUUCCUUAACUUCCUUAAAGAGUUUUACAGUGGUACCUCGGGUUACAUACGCUUCAGGUUACAUACGCUGCAGGUUACAGACUUCGCUAACCCAAAAUUGUACCUCAGGUUAAGAACUUUGCUUCAGUUAGAGUGAUGUUGGAUUGAAGUUAAGUGGCUUCUAGCUGUACAGGCUUUAAAGUUAUAAAUAUAUGAAGAUUAAGGAUUAGGAUUAAAAAGGUCAAAAGAAUGGAAAAAUUGGUUUUUAAUAGAUAAAAAUUUAAUGUUAUAAUAUAUUAAGAUUAAGGAUUGGGAUUAAAAAGGAGAGAAAGAAAUUGCUGGACUAACAAACUGAAUUGGAAUACAAAAGAGGAGGAGGUCCGGGAAAUAAGUAAAUGUAAAAGUGAUGAAAAGGCGGAAUUGUUUUUAACUGUUUUUUCUUUUUUCUUUUUGUAUUUUUCAUUGUGUUUUUUUCUUUUUUUUCUUGAAUUGUUGUUUUUUUUUAAUGUGAUUCUUUUUUGUGUGAAACUUUAAUAAAUAUCAUUAAAAAAAAAAAGAACUUUGCUUCAGGAUGAGAACAGAAAUUGUGCGCUGGCGGCGCGGCGGCAGCAGGAGACCCCAUUAGCUAAAGUGGUGCUUCAGGUUAAGAACAGUUUCAGGUUAAGUACGGACCUCUGGAACGAAUUAAGUACUUAACCCGAGGUAGCACUGUACAAAACUGGACAUCUUUUUGACCGAGAGACUGCUAGAGUGAUUUCUUCAUUCUUGGUUCAAAAAAUAAAAUAAGGGUCACCUUAUACAUGGAAAAAUACAAUACUUGACUGUUUAUUUUCUGAAUUCUCCCUUUCUCCGCUCAAAAGAAUUGUUUUCAUUCAGGCACAGGCCAGGCCCCAUGGACUUCUGUCACCAAAACAAGAACCAGUGACCUUGGCGGAAGAUGCAGUCCUGAAGGGCCUCUGCGUUCUGGGCGGUAUUUACCUACUGUUCCUCAUUGAGAAUCUCAUGGGAACGCUCAAGAAGAUUCAAGUCAAAAAGGUAAAGAGAUGGAGUGGCCUGCCAGUGGCCUGGGCAACCUGAUGGGCUGGCCAGGAGAUUUCAAGAAAGUGAUCCCGCCCCUGCCAGUCGACUUAGUUCUCCCCAUCAUCUUCCUUAAUGUCCCAGGCAAAAAUCCUGUUUCCAUGUGGGUCUGUGAAAUGAUCCCUUUAUGCUGUUAUAAGGAAAAAUGACUCCUUUCCCUUAUGAGGUAUCCAGAAGCCCAUAUAGAGUCUUUAAGUGGGUUCCUUAUUGCUAGGAGAAAAUAACAGAGGCCAACCGGAGAAUAUUGAGAAGCAAAUUGGCUAGUAACCCUGCCACAAGGUCCUCACUCACCACACGCAGGAGGGGAGGAGGAACCCAGAACAAUCGUGCGCACGCCCUUAUAUAAACUUUUGAAAUUGCCCACCCUGUAGUCCAAGGUAAAGGUAAAGCUACCCCUGACUUUAAGGUCCAAUCGCGGAUGACACUGGGGUUGCACGCUCAUCUCGCUCUAUAGGCCGAGGGAGCUGGCAUUUGUCCACAGACAGCUUCCGGGUCAUGUGGCCAGCAUGACUAAACCGCUUCUGGCAAACCAGAGCAGCGCACGGAAACGCCGUUUUCCUUCCCGCCAGAGCGGUACCUAUUUAUCUACUUGCACUUUGACAUGCUUUCAAACUGCUAGGUUGGCAGGAGCUGGGACCAAGCAACAGGAGCUCACCCCGUUGCGGGGAUUCGAUCCCCCAACCUUCUGAUCGACGAGUCCUAGGCUCUGUGGUUUAACCCACAGCGCCACCCACGUCCCCCUAUAGCCCAAGACCACCCUCCAUCCUACAUACAUCACAGAAGGAGGCAGUCUACAGCAGAAAUCCUGUCUGCCAGGAUAUCUGUUAAUGGUCACUGAUUGCUUUACCUGGGCAGCCUGGCUAUUCUUUUGUGAUGGUUAAUACUUUAGUUCCUGAAUCCAGGUCACAGGCUCACCCUAUUCAUAAACAAAUAUGCCCUUAAUAUAGGAUUUGUAAGCGAAAAGACAAUGGGAAGGCUUUCCCCAUUUGCCUCCCUUACUGCAGAGAAAUAUUUGAGGUCAAUUUGGGAGAGUCAAAAUGGCUUCAGGAUUGCUCUCCUGUACAAUUUUAGACACGUGGUUUAUAUAGUUAUGUAUGAAAGGAAUUGCUGAAUUAACCAAUUGAACUGGAAUACAAAAAAGGGAGGUGAGAGGAGGUCAGGGAAGCAAGGAAAUGAAAUGUAAGAUACGGAAGGAUUAAUUUGUUUUUAAGUGUUUCUUUUUUUUUCUUUCUGUACUUUGUAUUUUGUAUGUUUUUUUCUCUUUUUUUAAAUAUAUUUUUCCUUGUUUCUUCUCUCUUUAAUUAUGUAUUUUUUUGUUUUUGAAAUUUUAAUAAAUAUCAUUUAAAAAAAUAAUAAUAUAUAGUUAUGUAUGUGUUUGCCUUGUACUUUUAUGAACGUUUAUUUUAUAUUUGGGACCUUAGAAUAAUUAUAACAAUGCCAUGCAGCCUAAGCUAUGUCCAACCGGUCAGAAGCUUCUCCCAUGACCGAACCAAAAAAAGAGGAGGAAGAAACAGCUAAUACUGUGUGUUUUAUGUGUGUGGUUUACAGUAUGGUCCGUGUUUUGGACUAAACCACCCAUGCUGAGCCUGUGAGCCUCACUUCUGCUCUUUGGAUGAGUAGCAACCAACCCAUAAUUAACAAGGUCACCAUUUGGCUUGUUGGUGCCAGGUGUGCUAAAUCUCUGUGGCAGUGGUUGUUUUAAAACAACAAGCACACACACGUUUACUGGAGAAACCCCUUAGGAACUUCUGCUCCAGAUAAUGUCAUGUUUUGUGUCCACCACCAGAGGGAGACACCACUGCUAUACUGUACUACCCAACACCUCUAGGGGGAGACAAAGUAUUGCAGCAUCACUAGGCUGGGCUUCUCAUGACAACCUCAGCUUAGUGCUGCUUAGUCAUCAGUUUUGCUUUCUUUCUGUAGAAGGGCGCCACCGGAAAGCAGCUUGAACCAUCUCCAGCUGAGGUGGGUGACAACAGCACUGCUGGUUUGAAGACAUCUCAUGGUGAGUCACACAGUCUGGAUUGCUUUAGGUUUUUAUUAGUAUCAUGGCUUUCUUCUGUGCUCUUAACUGUGAAAAGUUUUGUUGUCCCCCUACAGAAGGAUUCAUGUGUCAUGGUUGCAAUCCAUGCACACUUUGUGGAAUUAAAGCACAGCUAGGCAUUAGGUUGGAAGGAACUUGUUUUCUCUAAUGUCUUUCCUUCAACCAAGAUCUGCCCAUCUGUUGGGCAGGUGGGGCAGUUGUCCCAGUGACCGUUGUCCAAUGUCACUGCUGUUACUAUUUUCCCCAGCAAUAUACUAUACUUUAGUCCUUAACCCAGCCCAGGUGGUAUAGUGAACAUGUUGCUUAAAUGACCUCGGCCCAGUAUACCUGAAGGAGCGUCUCCACCCCCAUCGUUCAGCCCGGACACUGAGGUCCAGCUCCGAGGGCCUUCUGGCGCUUCCCUCACUGUGAGAAGUGAGGUUACAGGGAACCAGGCAGAGGGCCUUCUUGGUAGUGGCACCCGCCCUAUGGAAUGCCCUCCCAUCAGAUGUCAAGGAAAUAAACAACUAUCUGACUUUUCGAAGACAUCUGAAGGCAGCCCUGGGGGAGUUUUAAAUGUUUGAUGUUUUAUCAUGUUUUUAAUAUUCUGUUGGGAGCCGCCCAGAGUGGCUGGGGGAACCCAGCCAGAUGGGAAGGAAGGAAGGAAGGAAGGAAGGAAGGAAGGAAGGAGGGAAGGAAGGAAGGAAAGAAAGAAAGAAAGAAGGAAAGGAAGGAAGGAAAAGGAAGGAAGGAAGGAAGGAAGGGAAGGAAAGAAGGAAAGGAAGGAAAGAAAGAAGGAAGAUUAUUCACUGUAGAAGGCCUUUAAAAUUCCUUUAAGCUUCAUGUAUUAAAAAACUCAGUGUACAGAUGAGUUUUUUCCAAGUUUCUCUCUUAGCUAAUCUGCUGCUUCAUAGACUCGUUGCAAGGACAAUAUGGAACGCCUUUGCAACCUGUCUUUGGAACGGGUGGGAAAAGACAUCUAGCUAAACACAGAGCAGAGCAGGCGAUGGCAGAAAACAUGUUUUCACAAGUCCAUCCGGACGGACCAGAAAUUAUUUUGGAAUGCAUCCUAUAGUUGCAUGGGGGGGUGUAGCUAUUUGGGGGAACAGCACCUGCUUCAUAUGGGGCCUUGUGGGUCUGCCGUGGGUCAAGCUGAACAGAAGUAUCUGACGAGGCCAAGGUCCGCUGUGCAAUCAAGCUGUCUCUGUGUUUAGCCCAUGAAAUAUACUUGGAGUCGAGUGUGGAUUUCAUGCUCUUUAUUCAGCUCAUAGUAGUGAGGAAUGGAAGUUCCCGCAAAUGUCUGCUUUAUAUACAUUAUUUACACAAUGGGCCCCACGUGAUUGGCUAAUUCUGGGAUUCUCCUGUAGGCCGAUCAGGUUGCGGAUUCACUUCCACCUGGAGUUGGAUUGGGUGGCUCCUGCUGACCAAUCAGACUGCUGCAUUCUGGAUCCUAUUAUUCUAGGACCAAUCAGAAUGCUGCAUUCUGAACCCUAUUGUUCUAGGACCAAUUAGACUGCUGCAUUUUGGAUCCUAUUCAACUCAGUACAUAACAGCCCAUUAUCUGUGAGUUCCAAGAGUGCAUCCACAGUACUGCUUGCUUAGUCACAAAUGCCAGCGAUCUGUGCCAGGUUUAGGGGUGGGCAAGUGGAUCUGAUAUUUCCCUGCUUGGUUUGGGUGUCAGGUGCUGAAUCCCAGAGCCUGACGGUGGCAGAAGGAGGAGCUGACAGCCUCUACGGGGAAGUCCAGGACUGCUCUGUCCAAAUUCGCAGCUCAGAAGAGUGUGGAGGAAGCUCAGAGAGGCAGGAAGAAGAGCUCCAUCAGCACCAUGCUCACGGGCAUUCACACAGUCCAGCUGGAGCCCUCAAGGCUGGGAUAGCCGACAUCGCUUGGAUGGUUAUUCUAGGGGAUGGGAUACACAACUUCACAGAUGGACUGGCCAUUGGUGAGUGGCUUUGAGCCAGGGCUAGGUUUCUGCUUGUGCCAGAAGCAAAAUAAUAAUAAUAAUAAUAAUAAUAAUAAUAAUAAUAAUAAUGGCAGGGCACAAUCCUACAAAAGUUAGGCUGGAACCAGAAAAUUAUUUUUCAGAGGUUGAGAGAAAUUACUUCCAUUUAUUUAUUUGAGUUUAUAAACCACUUAAUAAAGACAUCCCUAAGCAGCAUACAGUGACGCGGGUGGCGUUGUGGGUUAAACCACAGAGCCUAGGACUUGCCGAUCAGAAGGUCAGCAGUUCGAAUCCCCGCGACGGGGUGAACUCCCGUUGCUCGGUCCCUGCUCCUGCCCACCUAGCAGUUCGAAAGCACGUCAAAGUGCAAGUAGAUAAAUAGGUACCGCUCUGGCGGGAAGGUAAACGGCAUUUCCGUGCACUGCUCUGGUUCGCCAGAAGCGGCUUAGUCAUGCUGGCCACAUGACCCGGAAGCUGUACACCGGCUCCCUUGGCCAAUAAAGCGAGAUGAGCGCCGCAAUCCCAGAGUCGGCCACGACUGGACCUAAUGGUCAGGGGUCCCUUUACCUUUACCUUUAAGCAGCAUACAAAGAACAAUUUAAAAUAAUCAUCAAUGUGCGAAUAAAAACAACAAAAUUGGUUUUCCUUAUUUUCAUUUACAUGUCUAGAUAUGCUUGCUGCACCAAAGGAAGCUUUUAAAAGGAUCUGAAAUGGCAUAAUGAGAGUCGCGAGCUUCACAUGUAAUGGACUGUAGUCUUCCUCUUCUGUAGCGUCAAGUGUUGCCCUUGUACUACUCAGCAGGGAGGAGGGCGUAAAACUAUAAUGAGCUGACUCUGCCCAUCAUUGGCUGUGUCUCCAACUACUAAUGGUGUCUCAGCACCCCUCUCCCCACCCCCAGUGGGUACUGGCUACCACCACUGGUUCUCUCCAGCCUUCAGUUCCAGAAAGGCUUGUGUUAGACCUCUGUCACAGAAUCACAGAAGCUUCCCACUUAAAUUCCAGGUGAUUGGACGUAAUCAUAAAUACCUUCUUUCUUCUUCUUUGGUGAUCACUCAAAGCCAAGUAAGACUGUCUUCCAUGAACACGGUUUUAACAGUGAGUCCGUAAGUGACUGUAGAGGCCAAUUCUGGAUCCACACAUCCUUCCACAUAGGUUUCCGGGCGGGAGUUGAUCACCGUGAGGGUUUGCGAAACAUGACUUCCUCUUAGCACAUUUCUUCCUUUGUCCUGACUUUGAGCCUCUAGAAAGCCCAUGACUCCUUCGGUAAAGGCUGUUCUCCAAUUGGAGCACUCACAGGCCAGUGUUUCCCAGUUGUCAGUGUUUAUACUACAUUUUUUUAUAUUUGCCUUGAGACGGUCUUUAAACCUCUUUUGUUGACCACCAGCAUUACGCUUUCCAUUUUUAAGUUCGGAAUGGAGUAGUUGCUUUGGAAGACGAUAAUCAGGUAUCCGAACAACAUGACCAGUCCAACGGUUGAUGUUGAAGAAUAAUUGCUUCAACACUGGUGAUCUUUGCUUCUUCCAAUACACUGGCGUUCGUUCACCUGUCUUCCCACUCGAGUGAAGACAAACUAGUUCAGAUGACUUGAGCCAAUCCACCUGGAGAGAGGAAACGCCUCUUUUAGGUUCACUUACCUUUGUAACCCUUUUCUCCUAGGAGCUGCUUUCUCUGAUGGAAUCUCCAGCGGUUUAAGCACUACGGUGGCAGUAUUUUGCCACGAACUGCCCCAUGAACUUGGUAAGGAAGAUCCCCAGCUUUAUUCUUCAGGCUUUCCUGACCUCUCUUACUUUUAAAUCUGCUUUGUUUUACUAUUUAAUAUUUUAAAGAUUUGGGGCUCAGUUUGUGUGUGUGCAUUUUUAAAUGUCAUUCACACACCUUGGGUGCAAAUCUCCACUCUCAUGUCGUGGCUGUAGCCUUGGCCAUUGGUGGAUUUGAUAUAAACUCAGAUCCAACAAAUCUUUUCCUGUGGUCCUGCGCUUCUGAUGAUGGAAGAUGAUGCUGAUGAUAUCAGUUAAUCCUAUCAUAUCCUCCUGUCCGGUGUCCAAGGAAGACUCCACCCCUUUACUUGGAUCUGCUCUGGUGUUGUGGUUGCUCCUGCCCUUCUGUUGAACCCAUGCCAUUCUGGGUUUGUGGGUCCCACCCAUGUGACCUUACCUGAUGCUGUGAUUACAGGCAGGGCCGGAUUUAGCUUUGAUGAGGCCCUAAGCUACUGACGGUAAUGGGGCCCUUUAUAUGUCCAGCUGUCCUUUGUCACAGCGGGUGGCGCUGUGGGUUAAACCACAGUCUUGCCAAUCAGAAGGUCGGUGGUUCAAAUCCCCACGACGGGGUGAGCUCCCGUUGCUUGGUCCCUGCUCCUGCCAACCUAGCAGUUUGGAAGCACCUCAAAGUGCAAGUAGAUAAAUAGGUACCGCUCUGGCAGGAAGGUAAACAGCGUUUCCGUGCACUGCUCUGGUUUGCCAGAAGUGGCUUAGUCAUGCUGGCCACAUGACCCGGAAGCUGUACGUCGGCUCCCUCGGCCAAUAAAGCGAGAUGAGCGCCACAACCCCAGGGUCAAUUAAAAUACAGCAUAUGCAUGGCACAUUACAAUUACCCAAAGAGGCAGAAAAAGCUUCAAGUCGUCCACAAUUUGCAAGUGGUCCAUUGGGGUGGGGGGAAGGUGGAUUUGGGGAUCACUGGAUUUAGAGACAUUGCUUGGCUUUGAGUUAGUUAAUAAUAAUAAUAAUAAUAAUAAUAAUAAUAAUAAUAAUAUCUUUAUUGUCAUUGCCCCCUUCGGGGACAACGAAAUUACUUGACACUAAUUAUAAAACACUAAUUAAUCAAUACAGUAUAAUACAGCAAGGGAGAUUAGAUGACUUUCAAAGUCCGGGCUUCCCAUUCAGGGCCGAGAUCGCUCUGGAGAAGAAGCUGUUCUUAAGACGGCUCGUUCUUGUCUUCAUCAUCCUGUAUCUCCGUCCCGACGGCAAGAGCUCAAAGAGACAGUGACCAGGAUGCGAUGGAUCUUUUACUAUGUCCGGUGCCUUCCUAUGGCACCUUGUGGCAUAAAUCUGCUCUAAGGUGGAGAGUGGGCAGCCAACAAUGCUCUCUGCUGCCUUAACAACCCUGCACAACCCCAUCCUGUCCUGGGUAGUACAGCUUCCGUACCACACACAUAAGCCAUAAGUGAGCACGCUCUCAAUGGCACAGUGAUAGAAGGCAAGCAGCAGUUUCUGCGGAAGAUGGUUUUUCCUUAGUAUUCUCAAAAAGUACAGUCUCUGCUGCGCCUUCUUCACAAGCCCCCUUGUGUUGACACUCCAGGACAGAUCCUCUUGUAAUUCAAUGCCCAAAAAUCUGUACGUUGUUACCCUCUCCACACAGACCCCAUCAAUCAAAAGUGGCUGGACGUUAUGGUGCCUCUGUGAAGAUGUGUCCAUUGCACUCUUAACUCCUCUUUUCUUUGGCAGGGGAUUGCGCUGUCCUGCUGCAGGCUGGCAUGCCAGUCCGACGGGUGUUCCUCUUCAACCUGCUGUCUGCUUUCCUGGCUUACUUGGGCACAGUAGUAGGGACGCUCAUUAGUCGGAGCACCACGCAAGUCACGCCCUGGAUUUUUGCCAUCACGGCUGGUAUUUUCCUGUACGUGGCACUGGUGGACAUGGUAAGGACAGCCGCCUCUUUGCAAACUUCUUCUGUAAGCAUGACAUUAAUCUUUUGGGGACCCAGGGUUUAGUUAUUCCCUACCUGGGCCUCGGGACACGGGUGGCGCUGUGGGUUAAACCACAGAGCCUAGGGCUUGCCGAUCAGGUCGGCGGUUCAAAUCCCCAAGACGGGGUGAGCUCCCGUUGCUCGGUCCCUGCUCCUGCCAACCUAGCAGUUCGAAAGCACCUCAAAGUGCAAGUAGAUAAAUAGGUACCGCUAUGUCAGGAGGGUAAAUGGCGUUUCCGUGCACUGCUCUGGUUUGCCAGAAACGGCUUAGUCAUGCUGGCAACAGUUGUACGCCGGCUCCCUCGGCCAAUAAAGCGAGAUGAGCGCCACAACCCCAGAGUCGUCCACGACUGGACCUAAUGGUCAGGGGUCCCUUUACCUUUAUCCCUGACACAAUACCUAUCGAUGAACAUUUUAGGCAACGUAGCUCUGAUACCAUUCACAUUGCAAUCUGACUGAAGAAACAAACGGCUUUAAAGCACCACCACCGUGGGUGAAAAUGACCCAAGCUUGGGUCUCCUUUCUCCUGAUUUGCUCAAGGACCCGAAAAAGCGGAAAGGUUGCAAUGCGAUUAAGAGUUGACCUCACAGUAGGCAUCGCUGUUAUUGUCUCUUCAAGGAGAACAACUGCAAGCUGCCCUAACAACAGCUGCCAAGGAUAUAAUGGCUUUUUGUUGUUUUUUCUCACCCUCUCUCUAGCUGCCUGAAAUGCUGCAGAGGAGCUCUAGCAGGGGCAAGAAGGGCUCCCUUGCCCACUUCCUUCUCCAGAACCUGGGCUUCCUCACUGGAGGAGUCCUCAUGGUCUGCAUCGCUCUCUUUGAAGGGCAGAUCAGUUUCCAUUUGGACGGGUAGCCCUCUUCAGCAGGAAACUCCAGAACGCAAGAUGGAUCGAAGGCGAUGCCCCCUCCGACUUCAAGCACGAUUGCACCUUUCCUCUUAACUCUAUAAGAGGGGCUACAGAUUUGCUCCAUCUUCCUGUCCGCAGGAGUUAGAGAAAGAACUCAGUAGGAGAGAACAGAAGGAACAGCUUAUUGUUCCCAUGUUUUUGUGUGGCAGCAAAAACAGGGUGCCAAACUGAGGGCAACAGUGCCUUUACCUAGCCUUUGUGGCUUGGAUGAAAGGAAGAAAGUUGUGCUUAGUCGCUGCAAUCAACAUGUUGAAAACUCCUUGUGCUUUCUAAAGAGCACUAGUUUGCUCGAGAGAGACUGGACCUAUUGCCACCUCGGAAUGCAAUGUGAGAGAGAAUUAUUCAAAGGACUACAACUUACUAAGAGAGACGCUGAUAUGCAAUGGGGGCCUUUCAUGUUUUGGAGCUGAGUUUCCCCAGCAAGCUAUUUCCUGUAAUCCAAGGAUAGAGAACCAGCAGCUGUUGCUGGACUACAACUCCCAUCAUUCCUGUCAGCCUUCCUGGCUGGGUCCAAUGGCAGUUGGUCCAAUCCCUGAUGUAAGCUAUCAGUGUCCUGAGCAUUCAUUAAUAUUUAAGUUGGCAUUAAAAAAGGCAACUGGUUACCAAAAGCCUCUACACCAAAAUUUCAGGUUUGAUGGAACAGUGGUCUCUGUGUGUGUGUGUGUGUGUGUGUGUGUGUUAAUGCAAGGAAGCCUGGACCUCUUUAGUUAUGGGAUGGGUGUGUUUGUGUGAGUAGCACAAGUUCUUAAGGACAAAACUCAUCCUUAUAAUAGGAGAUUCAGAGGCCUGCUGCUUUAAAUUCCCCAGUGAUAACCCCACCUGGUUUGCCUGCAAGGGCAAUUGCUUGAAGUGCAAACGAGCCAAGUUGUUGUAUCCUUUCCACAACUCCUCAUGUACCCCCCUACCUAGAAGGAAGCCUAAAAACUCCUCUAAAUAACAGAACACCUUCAUUAGUUGUCCUCUACAGAAUUACAGAAUGGGACGCGGGUGGCGCUGUGGGUUAAACCAGAGCCUAGGACUUGCUGAUCAGAAGGUCAGCGGUUUGAAUCUCUGCGACGGGGUGAGCUCCCGUUGCUCGGUCCCUGCUCCUGCCAACAUAGCAAUUCGAAAGCACGUGAAAGUGCAAGUAGAUAAAUAGGGACCGUUCCGGCGGGAAGGUAAACAGCGUUUCCGUACGCUGCUCUGGUUCACCAGAAGCGGCUUAGUCAUGCUGGCCACGACCCGGAAGCUGUAUGCUGGCUCCCUCGGCCAAUAAAGCAAGAUGAACGCCGCAACCCCAGAGUCGGCCACGACUGGACCUAAUGGUCAGGGGUCCCUUUACAGAAUUACAGGACUGGUAGGGAAUCUCAGCGCUGUGCCUCAUAUCUCAGCAGCCACUGAGAAUCAAGGCCAUAUAUGCCGCCAACAGUGGCCUGGGCACUGGUCUCUAAUUUCCAUUCAACAGCAAACAGGUUCCCGGUUCCCCACACACAACCUUGCACACCUGAACUGUUCCCCACCCCCAUCCCGGUAUCUGCACAGGACAACUUAGUUGAGCAAGAAGAAAGAGAGCCUUCAAAGUCCACCUGUAGCUUUUCACACUGGGAGUGUAGGAAAGAAAAGGACGCUCACAAUGCGUUAAGAUGGAGUUGCACAAUAAGGGCUAUUUGCCCUGGGAAAAGAGGGAAAGUGGUCUCUCCUGUUUCCAUGGAGGGCAAGUAGCUGAAAUGGAGGAUGGCCUUAAAGGCAGCUCAGAAAAGAGGAAAACGUUAGUGGGUCAGUUUCUUUGUUCAUCCACGUUUGAUAUUGGUACAUGACUUAAGCAGAAUAUCCAAUACAGUGGUACCUUGGGUUAAGUACUUAAUUCGUUCUGGAGGUCUGUUCUUAACCUGGAACUGUUCUUAACCUGAAGCACCAGUUUAGCAAAUGGGGCCUCCUGCUGCUGCUGCGCCGCCAGAGCACGAUUUCUGUUCUCAUCCUGAAGCAAAGUUCUUAAACCGAGGUACUAUUUCUGGGUUAGCGGAGUCUGUAACCUGAAGCGUAUGUAACCCGAGGUACCACUACAGACGGCCCAAGAGUUUGAAAACGAAACAUUGACUCCCAACUAUUAUUAACAGUUCUCGUUUUGUUAGAUUUACAACCUGCCCUUCACCAGGUUGAAUUAAAACUAAAUCGAAACUAAAUCAUGGGGCGAGACCUGGCAAGGGAUAUAGCACUUUCCCCUUGUCCCCAAACGUGCUAAGCAAACUGCCUCCAAUUCUGUUCCAGGGGAAAGUUCCAUUGUGCAGCUUCUCUGGUUGGAGGCAGCAUGCUUCUGAAUACAUUGCUGGAAAACUGAAUGAAGAGGUCAUGCUUGCAUGUUUCCCAUAGGCAUCUAACUGGCCACUGCAAAAACAGGAUGCUGGACUAGAUGGAGGCACAGGCCUGCUCCGUCGGGGUUCUUCUCGUCUUCUUAUGUCCUCCUGUUCAUGCAAUGAUCCAGAUACCUCAGGCUCCCAUCCUUAAAAAGGAGUUACUUGAAGUACAGGUGAAACUCGAAAAAUUAGAAUUGAGAGACCAUUUAAAGGCUCAGGAACCCACUGCAGGUGUUAUGGAUUGAAUAGCUACUGCAUCUUUUCACAAUAAUCUAAUUUUCUGAGAUUGUUAAUUUGGGUUUUCAUCAGCUGUAUGCCAUAAUCAUCACAAUUAUAACAAAUAAAGGCUUGACAUAUCUCGCUUUGC